AUGGGGUUGCUCGUGCAUCAAAGGAGAUAUGCUCUUGAGAUAUUGAAAAAGUGUGAAAUGGAGCAUUGCAAUGCUGCUAUUUUUCCAGCUGAACCAAUAUUGCAAUUGUCUAAGACUGAGGAUGAGGAAGAUGUUAAUCCAAUUCAAUAUACGAGGUUGAUUGGAUCUUUGCGUUACUUGUGUAAUACGCAGUCAGACUUAGCGUUUAGUGUUGAUAUUGUGAGUAGAUUCAUGGAGAGACCGAAGGUGUCUCAUAUGGAAGCAAUCAAGAGGAUCCUGCGAUAUAUCAAAGGUUUUGUUGGCUGCGAAAUACUAUUUCCCACAUUGGAUUCAGGAAGAGAAUACAAUUUGCUCGGUUUUAUCGAUUCUAACUGUGCAAAGAUAAAGAUUAUUGGAAGUGUACAGCUGAAUACAUAUUUAUGUACGGUGCAACAUCAACCUCUUGGUGUUCGAAGAAUGAACUGGUAG